AUGCUUGAAAUUUCGGUCUCGUUGAAUCCAGCUGGUUCUGUUGAUCCAUAUUCUGUUGCGUUCUUUUCUCCAGAUGAGAGAGGCAGCUACGUACAUGCGAGAGGCGUCUCCACUCAUCAUGUUUACAAACACAUCACGGAACAUGCUUCUACAGCCUUGCAAUACUUCCUCGAAUUUGGUACCGGAUCAGCUCUGUACUUUCCUCUGCUAUGGGUAUGCAGUUUUGAAUCCCUAUUUAGCCAACCGUGUAGUAAAUGUGGAAGGCUAUUAGCGAUGGAUAAAAAGUCUUCUUUAAUCCUACCUCUUCUACACCGCACUUACCAAAAUUUCCUCUUGCAGCCAACCUCGACGUUUGUGAAGCUUACCACGGUGGUUGCUCUCCAGAGGAUUAGGGAGGACCAAUAA